AUGCAGAACUUCAUCCACACCCUCAUCGACCCCCUCCGCGACCGCUUCGCCCCGCUCAACCACACGUCCAACUUCCGUGCCACCGGCCAGCUGACGCCUGAGGAGUUUCAAGCGGCGGGAGAUUUCCUGGUCUACAAGUUUCCGUCCUGGAGCUGGGCGGAUGCCGCGUCGCCAGGACAGCGUGUGAACUACUUCCCGGCCGGCAAGCAGUAUCUGGUGACGCGGGGUGUGCCGUGUAAGCGUAGGGUGAAGGGUGGCGAUGGAGAGUUUCUUGGGAGCAAUGAUGAGGGAGAUCAGGUGGUGAGGGAUAUGCUUGCCGGGCCAGGAGAAGGUGCGGGAGAGGACGAUGGGUGGUUGAAGGCUGGUGGAGGGAGCGGAGGCAUCGGCGGGAUUAGCAAGAGUGCCGAGCUACGGAUGCGGGAUGUGAGAACUGUCGACGAGGAUGGUAAGGUUGGCGAGAAAGCGGAAGAAGAGGACGAGAUCCCAGACAUGGAGGACGAGGAAGAUGACGAAGAGGCGAUCAUCCGCGACAAGACAACAUCAGCCGCCGACGAAGGCCUACGCACCUACACCCUCUACAUCACCUACACACCCUACUACCGCACACCCCGCCUCUACCUCCUCGGCUACGACGCCAUCAGCAACGUCCCACUAGAACCAACAAAGAUGAUGGACGACAUCAUCGGCGACUACAAAGACAAGACCGUCACGCUCGAAGACUUCGCCUUCGCCAACCCACCCAUCAAGACCGCCUCUGUGCAUCCCUGCCGUCACGCUAGCGUCAUGAAGGCACUCCUCGAUCGCGCAGACGCGGCCUUGAAGCUGCGGAUGGAGAAAGUUCGCAAGGGAGAGGGCGUGAGCGAUAAAGGGAUGGAGGGGCUGGUCGAGCAGACCGGGAAACUCGAUGUUGGUGGGAACCAGCAGGGCUCGCCGCAGAAGGCUUCCGACAAGGACAAGGAUGGCGAGUGGGAGGUGCUGUCCUCGGAUUCGCAGCAGCCGGAGGAGGUGGCGAUCCGCGUGGACCAGUAUCUGGUGGUGUUCUUGAAGUUCAUGGCCAGUGUGACGCCCGGGAUCGAGCACGACUUCACUAUGGGGGUCUGA